UAAAAAUCACGGUGAGCGAUUCGCUCAGUGUGUGAGCAGAAAUACAUAUACUAGUUUAUGUGACGCCCAAACAGGAACCCUUGUGGCAGUUCUCCUUCUGGAAAUUUUGAUUGAAUGAAAUUCCGGUAAAUGAAAUUAAAUAUUUAAAAUUUAAAAGGCCUAUUAUUACCGGAUCAUCUUGAAUCCCGCUUUAUUGGUUCGGUCAGACAGGUUUUCCAAGUAAAUCAAAGUACUGAAGGAUUGAAGAGUGUUCUCGGUAUUCACGCCAUUAUCGCAAUGUGUUCUCCUCCCUUAAAGAGGAAACGAGUGGAAACUCCGGCCAAUGUAACGAACAAGAUACGUCAUUACAAGAUCUUCCAUCCCAGGGCUUCUGUGACAGAGAUCCGGGAUUUUAUCAAUAAAGAAACCUCUCAGGAACUAGCAGGCUUGACAACAAUAAGAGAAACUCUAAAGAACAGAAACAUUACCACUGAUGCACGUGCACUCCGUACAAGACACGCCCUCCACGAGGACUCGAGCGACACAGAGGAAGGCUCGGGAGAGGAGGUACCUGUAGCUAUCUGGGAGGCACUGACCGCUGUCAGAACUCUGAUCCAAUUCUUGAAGUUUCACAAAAGAACGGCGGAAUCAGAGGACAGAAAGUGGAUGUCGGGAGUCCUGGUCAACCUGAGGAGGCUGAGAGGGACUUUCUUGGAGAAGCUGACCCCUGGUCCGGAACAGACCAGAAUAACCGACUUCUUUAUGAAUAAGGUGUGAGCAUGCGCAGUCUUAACGUUUAAUUGUACACGUAGUGCUUGUUUUAAACCAUAGACACUCACAAUUGAAUUUUAUUUUUAUUUAGAGUAACAGCAGAAAUGGUUUGGGUGCUAUGUAGUGUUAAUAUGUAAAUUGUAAUGCUGGUUUCUUGCACAUAAUAAAAUAUUU